CAGGGCGCGGCUGGCAAGAAAGGGCGCAAAGAAAAGAGCUUCGUGGCAUCCCGGAGCUCGAACGGGCCACGCGCCGCUUCCGAGUGUUCCACGCACAAGGAGACGGACGCGCACAUCGUUGCAGCCGCCCGCGCAGCGGGCUUCCUGACGGCCGUAUCCGCGUCUGGCAUUCUGGCGCACGUGGAAGAGCUCAUGUGCGCUGAGCCCCUCAGCCAGCGGCACCGAUUCCUCGCCAUAGUGGCGGCCCACAUGCCCGACCUCAAGAUUGUCGUCCACGACGACGCGUGCCACCUGCGCCUCGUGGCGGAGAAGAGCGGGGAGGGCACCGCCGUGGCUGCGCGGCCAACAGCCUUGUUGAGCAAGUUCCCCACAAACAUCUGCGAAAUCAUGAACAGCGAGUUGUCCCCGCUGGGCCACGUGGUCCACCACGUGGGCCGGUGGGCCUCCCAGUUCUACGUGCAAGAGAUGGUGGACGCGUUGAACAUGAAGACGCUGGGGCGCAUGAGGGGCGCCCAGGCCACUGCCGCCAGGAAGGUUGCUCGGGCGAGCGAGGCCGCCUCGGCCUCGGCCGAGAAGAAGCCGUCAUACUCGCGACGCGACCGCGCCGUCACGCACUGCGCGGCCAUGGCAGGGAAGAACACGGAGAGUCUGUCCCAGAAGCAGGUGAAGAAACUCUUUGCGAGGGCGAUGGCUCGCGUCGCCAGUGAGUUCAGCCCGGUGCGCGAGUUCUUGGAGCCCAUCGUUAACACAACGUGCCAAGGGUAUUGCACGAGCGCCUUGAUGGUUGGGGGCUCCAUGGCGGCUCUUACAAAUGGCGCCGCCGUCAAGAUAUGGAGCCAGAAGCCCGCUCCAUUAAUUGCACCAGUGUUCCAGAUAGGGAACGCACAGGCGGGGGAGAGCCAGCUUUUCAGUGUGUGCGAGGAGAUCUUCGACACGUGCGACGACGUCAUUGGCGAGCACGUCGACUCGCUCCUCGACGACGGCCCCCCCGUGACCGUGAAGAGUAUCUGUCUCCAAAGCUUCACUUUCACGGAAUUCUUUUACCGGUGCUCCAGCGGCUUUCCCCUCGUUGAUUUUUCGGAGGGCGACGGGCGGGUUGCCGAGUUCAGGCAAUCAGAUGUGUGGGGCGGCAGGGCGUUCAAUCUAGACGAGGCGUACGAGUUCUGGGACGGCCUCGGCCUUCUCGCUACCG